AUGGUUGAGGUACAACACCACAAGUUCAUGAGGCUAAAUCGUCAACUUGAACAUGUUCAUCAAAAAUUUAUUUCAGAUUGUGCUGGAGCUAAUAUCGGGCCAUCUCUAACUUUCAAGCUGCUUACUGAGUUGAUGGGCAGUUAUGAGUCUGUUGGUUGUACUGUGUUGGACAUUCGCAACUAUACACGUGAUAUCAGAAGAUACGCUGAAGGAUGUGACGCCCAAAUGAUCAUAGAUGAGUUGAAGAAGAAGAAGGAAAAUUGUGAUUCCUUCACGUACGAGUAUGAAGUUGAUUCCCGGAGUCGUUUGAAUCAUUUGUUUUGGUACUCAAUGAUUUUUGCUCCGUUUACUGGUAAGGAUAACCAUGGUCGUGCAGUGACAUUUGGAGCUGGUUUGCUUUGUAGUGAGAGUGCGGAUUCGUUCUCUUGGCUUUUUAAUCAGUUUGUGAAAUGCAUGGGCAUACAUCCGAAGUUGAUAAUUACUGAUCAAGACUUGGGCAUGAAAGUAGCUGUUGAAAAAGUUCUUGUGAACACACGACACAGUUGGUGUAUGUGGCACAUCAUGGCAAAGGUAGUUGAAAAGGUUCCUAAGUCACUUCUUGGAAAUAAUGAUUUUAAAAAGGAUUUGAAUUCAUGCGUUUGGUCUGAGUUGAUUGAACCUACUGAGUUUGAAGAAAAGUGGAAGAAUGUGAUGGAGACUUAUGAUCUUGUUGGCUCUGAAUGGUUUGUCUCUAUGUUCGAAUCAAGAAGGUUUUGGGUUCCAGCCUACUUUAGGGACUUUCCUAAUAGUUCGUUGAUAAAGACGACAUCUGUUUCAGAGUCGCAAAAUAGUUUUUUCAAGAGGUACACUCAGUCUAGGGCGAACCUGGUUGUUUUUUUAAUGAAUUUCAAUAAUGCAGUUGAUGCCCAAAGAAACUAUUCUGCAAAGCUGGAUUAUAUGGAUUAUAAUACAACUGCAAAGUUGAAGACAGAAUGGUCGAUUGAGAAGCACGCAUCCACAAUAUUUACUGAUGGUGCGUUCAAGGAAAUUCAAGAACAGAUUAUGGAGGCUUAUAACCACUGUAGUCUGGUUUCUAUUUCUAAUGACUCAAGUACAGAGGUUUAUAAGGUUUUAGAUCUUUUUUCAAACACAUGGUCGGUCACAUUAUCUGUGCAGGAUUCUGUUUGUGUAUGUGGUUGUAAGAUGUUUUUGAGGACUGCUCUUGUAUGCUGCCACAUCUUCUUGGUGUUGAAGAACAAAAAAUAUCGAUUGAUUCCGGAGUAUCUGAUUGGUGGUCGAUGGUUGAAAUCUUCUUUGCUUAAGGCUGUUCAUGGCGUCCAAAACUCAGAUGUUGCAAAUCAUGUUUAUGUUGAUGAAAAGAAGAAGGCUCAAGCAAUUUUAUUGGGAGAGAUGUUGGGUCUUUACCAAGCGGUGUCUGUUGAUAUUGACCAAAUUCAUGAGUUGACAUCGAUAGUGCGUGAAGCUCGAUAA